CUAAUUGGACGAUCAGCAGUUCGCAAUUGCCGACGAAAUGAACUACACGCCUCUCCCCGCAAACCGGCCACACAAAGACAAUUCCUUGAGGGGUUAAUGACGUUGUGACAGGCUGUCGGUCCGAAAUUGGAUGCAGGUACAAAAGCAUGGAAGAGUACGACGACUCCGUAAUCUCCGCCGGCGCGCAUCUCUCGUUCAAACAGCUGCCUGUCGUCUGGAAGUUUGUGACCACGACUCUUGUCAGCAUGGGGUCUAUAAUGCCGGUCGAUCUGCUCGCGGCAGCAACGGAUCCGUCGUACUUCACGAAUUUAGUCUCCACCAAUGUCUCGAAUCCGACGACAAUAGCGCUGCUAGCAUACAACGACACUUUCCGGACGGACGUCCUCAGCGAAAAUGCGACAGCGAGACAGCUUUACAACCUGGACUGGGAAGCCUUCCACGAGAUGGGCACCUACAAUCGCGAGACGAACAGCUUGUACGUGACGAGCAACUACGUGAGCCUAGAUAAUCCGAUCAACGUCACGAUCAUUGACCUGGGACGGAACUACACCCUCAAGUCGACGCGGUACGCGAACUUGGCCGAAGCAAACGGCGGCACAAACUGGUAUCCUCCGGGCUCAAACCAAAGCAACGGCACCACGCCCCCGCGCCUCCUCUUCUGCGACGAGGGCGACUUCACCAACUACUCGCAACUCGUCUCCGUCGAUCCAGUCACGGGCCAAAGCGAAGUCGUCCUCAACUCUUACCUCGGCCGCAACUUCUCCUCCAUCAACGACGCGCGCCAGCACCCACUCACCGGCGACCUGUGGUUCACGGACGCCGACUACGGAUUCUUCCAGUACUUCCGCCCCGCGCCCACCAUCCCGAAGCAGGUCUACCGCUUCUCGCCCGCCACCGGCGAGAUCCAGGUCGUCGCCGACGGCUUCGUGCAGAGCAACGGCCUCGAGUUCAGCCCGGAUCUGAAGACGCUGUAUGUGACCGACACCGGGGCGCAGCAGUUUGACAGAAACCUCACCAGGCCCGGGUCGAUUUACGCGUUCGACGUUGUCGAUGGGAAGACACUGGCGAAUCGCAGGACGUUUGCCUAUGCCGAUAAUGGAUUUCCGGACGGCAUUCAUUGCGAUACGGAUGGGAAUGUUUGGGCUGGGUGUGGGGAUGGGGUGCACGUCUGGAGCCCGCAGGGGGUGCUGCUGGGGAAGGUGUGGGUGGGCGUGGAGUCGAAUAACUUUGCGUUCUUGCCGGGGGCUGUGAUGGUGUUUAGCAAUGCGCAGCUGUGGAUUGUGGAGGGCGUCAAGGCUGUGGGGAGGGAGGUGUGUCGGGAUUUUGGGGUAUGCUGAGGCAUUGGUUGGAUAAUUGGGAUGGUGCUCUAAUGAUUCCGAAGAACCCGGAGAACAAUGAUUCUGCUUCCACGCCUUUUAUUCUUGGUUCGAGUAAAUGCUCGUCGGCUGGCACUCUGCAGUGCUACGAGUCGGGAAAUGCACGCUCACCGCCGGAGGCCACCGAAGUUGAAGCAGCGCCUUGAUCGUGGACGAACCGGCACGAUUGAGCUUGGAGAAUUCAUGCGACUAAAAUGUCCCAAGCCGGAAACACUAUCAAAAGUGCCCCCGAACCAAGAAUUGGAGCUUUAGCA